UCGGAAUCACGCGAAAGCCUCAAAGCAAGUCUUCCCCCACUUCGCUUCCCUGCAAACCUCCAUCAUCGAUCGAGAGAUCUCCUCCAAUGUCUUCCGCCAAGUUGGAUAAUCGAGGAUCGGUUGGAUCUAAGAGGUCCCGGAACAACACUUCACGGAGUGAUGGAGAUUGGACCUGCCCACAAUGUGGAAAUGUGAAUUUCAGUUAUAGAACUGUUUGCAAUCGGGGACAAUGUGGUGCUGCCCGACCAUCAACUAGCCCGACAAUGAGGUCGACACCUAGUCGCCCUGCUUUUGAUCAUCCACCACCUUUUUAUUUUGGUGGUGUUGGAGCUCCUCCACCACUGCCCCUUGGAAUGUCUGGAGGCUAUGGAGCGCCAUUCUCACUUUCUGGUAUGCAUUAUGACUACGGACCACGUGGUGGUGCUCCUGGACCAUAUGGACUUCUCACUGCAUAUGGCCCACCUGGGCCCAUGGGAGGUAUGGGUUAUGGCCAUAUUCCUGGUAUGGAGCGAUAUGGAUAUGGGUUCCAGGGGUCUCCACUGCCUAUUCCUGGUCCAUGGUCUGGUAGAGAAUUACCUGAUAACAAUGCUUCUCGUAAACGUCGUGGAGGGCCUGAUGGCUUUCAACAAGGGGAUUGGAUUUGUCCCAAAUGUUCUAAUGUCAACUUCUCAUUUAGAGACACCUGCAACAUGAAGAAAUGUGGAACUCCUAGGCCUUUGUCUGCUUCACAUUCAGGAUCUUCUGGGAACAAGGACAACUCAGGUGCCCCCGAAGGCAGCUGGACAUGCGACAAAUGCGGCAACAUUAACUAUCCUUUCCGAACUGUUUGCAACCGUAAAGGGUGUGCGAAUGAGAAGCCACCAACCAGCUAGCAAUGAAUGCUUAUCCAAUGCUUGUGCGAUCAGCACCCUUUUUUUCUUUUUUCUUUUUUGGCGCACAUUGUAUGCUGCUGAUUUUAUUGCCUCCGAGAAGUAUCUUCGAAUGGUCAGCAUGAGAACUUGAAAUCAUUAACCUAGACAGGUUAGUUUUAUCUUUUAUAGCUUUUGUAAGAUUUUAGAUGUUUGUGUGCGCCAUUAAAACAGCCAUUCAUCGCACACAAAAGGAAUUGUUUUUUUAUGAAUUGGUUUGUAGGACAUUUAGAACACAACUUGAUAUUAUCUGUUGGAACUUGCCAACUGAUUAUUGAACAGUCAGUCAUUUGAUAUUUUCCA